UACUUUGGUCAUCUGAGAAAAACAAAAUGGCGGCGGCGGCGAAAGCAGCGGUGGUUUUGCCACGUCCAGUGACGUUUGUGACGGGAAAUGCGAAGAAGCUCGAAGAGGUGAAAGCUAUCAUCGGCAAUUCCAUUCCUUUCAAGUCUCUCAAACUCGACCUGCCCGAGCUACAAGGUGAGCCCGAGGAUAUCUCUAAAGAGAAAGCUCGUUUGGCUGCUCUUCAGGUAAAUGGGCCAGUGCUAGUGGAGGAUACAUGUCUCUGUUUCAAUGCUUUGAAGGGUCUUCCUGGGCCUUACAUUAAGUGGUUUCUUGAGAAGCUUGGCCAUGAAGGUUUGAACAACUUACUGAUGGCCUAUGAAGAUAAAUCAGCUUAUGCAUUGUGUGCAUUCUCUUUCUCGCAUGGUCCAGGUGCUGAACCUCUUACAUUUUUGGGGAAAACUCCGGGUAAGAUAGUUCCAGCAAGAGGACCAACUGAUUUCGGGUGGGAUCCAGUGUUUCAACCUGAUGGAUAUGACCAAACUUAUGCAGAAAUGGCAAAGGAAGAAAAGAACAAGAUAUCUCACAGGUACAAGUCUUUAGCAAUGCUGAAAUCUCACUUUAAGGAGGCUGGCUACGUGUUCCAGACAACAGAUGAUGAUACCAACUAAAGUGAACCCAGUCACCAUUUUCCCUCAGCUUUUAAAGAUUUGAGCACUGGUUCUCCUUUGUUCUAAAUUACAAUUAGAAACACUUUUGUUCACAAGUUCUAACCAAAACAUAAAAUGGCAAACGUAUUCAUUAGAUUUUGCUUUGUUCUCAAGAGACAGUUAAGUUAAUACUAAUCAUGGUCAUGAUUCAUGAA